GAAAAUGAGAAGUUGAAAGAAAUAAAAGAAUUAUUGGAAGAGCAGCUUGUUUUAUUUCAAUCUGAGAAAGAAGAAUUUAUACAAGAAAGAUCUUUAUUGGAGACAAUAGAAAUUCAAAAGCAUGAUGAAGAAAUACAACAGCUCAAAAUACAGUCAGCAUCCUAUCAGGAACAGAAGGAAAGUGCAGAGGAAAGUUUUGUAGAAGAAAUUAAGGAAUUACAGUCAGCAACUGAUAAAGAUGGAAUGAGAGAUAAGAUAGUACAAGGUUUGCUAUCACAAAAUGGAGAGUUAAAAAGUAUUUUCACUUUAAGUCAAAAACUAAAUCAUUCUACAUGUAUCAUGUCCACAGGAAAAUUGUCAGUAGCAGAAAAAAUGACAGAGCAACUACAAAAAGAAUUAAAGCAAGAGCAAGCUGAAAGUAAGAAAGAAAUAGAAUUAUUACAAGAGAAAAUAACGGCAAUGAACUUACAACAAAUUGAAAGAGAUAAAGAAGUGCAGGAAAAAGAAGAAGCAUUAAUGCUGAAAAUUGAGAAUCUAAUGAGAAGCAAAGAUAAUCUUAUACUUCAAGACGAUAUUUAUGGUGACAUCAUUAUUGACAAUCCAUUGAUUUUAAAAAUUAUAAAAACACAUCAAUUUCAAAGACUGAAAGAUAUCAAAAAAUUAGGUUACAUAUACCAAAAUAUAUCAAAGUCAACCUAUUCAAGACUUGAACAUAGUAUUGGAAUGUAUUAUCUUGCUGGAGAAUAUGUAAAGCAACUUCAAAGGAGACAGCCUGAGCUGAAUAUUACUGAGUCUGAUGUUUUGUGUGUACAAAUUGCUGCUCUUUGUUAUAACCUGGGUCAUGGUCCUUUCUCUCACAUUUUUGGUUUGUUCCUCAAGGAAGUAUUCCAAAGUGGAAAUAAACCUUGGGAGAAAGUUUCAGAAGCAUCUGUUAUGAUGUUCGAUCACAUGAUUGAAGAGAAUGAUGAUGUGAAGAAUUUGUUAAAGGAAUUUCUGGAUAAUUAUGAAGCAGAUAUUGAAUUCAUUCAAGAACUUAUACAUGGAGCCAGAACAGGGCAGCGUAAAGGCAAGGAAUUCUUAUAUGAAAUUGUAGUGAACAAGACAAGUGGUUUAGAUGUGUGUAUGAUUGACGACACAACACGUGAUGCUGCUGUAUUGGGAAUGAAUAUUAAUUUCAAAUGGAGGGUCUUUCUUAGUAAAGUUGAAGUUAGAAAUGAGAAUGGUGAACAACGCAUAUUUUUUCAAAAAGAUGAUUUAGAGACAUACAAUGACUUAUUCAAAACUCGUCAUAGCCUUCACAGAGAAUUGUAUUAUUUACGCAAGAACAGGAUCAUUGCAAUAAUGAUAAAAAGGAUAUUGGUCAAAUCAGAUGAAAAGCCAAUAAUCAGAAAUGGUGACAGUCAUUUGACUAUAUCUGAAGCUACUAAAAGCAUGUUUACAUAUACUCAACUCAAUGAUGGUAUUCUUAGUGCUAUCAAGUCACAA